UCCUUCGCCUUUUCUCCUCUUUCUCUUCCUGUUGAUGGGUUCGAUGUAACUUUGAAUCCUCAAGCAUACCCAUUGCAAGUUAGCCUCAGAAAAUCUUGAGUUGACUGAACUAAGCACUUAAGCUUAGGUUGUCCCCUUUCUGUUUACCUGGGGGUCCUUGCCUGAAUGACAGGAGCCAAGAGGCAAUUCUGAGCGAGGAGCGCUAGUACAAGUAUCAAGGGAAAGAGAUCAUCGAAAAGCGCUGGGUUCCACGACAAGUACCAAUUGGGCUGCACGUCGUGGGGUUUUGAUGAAUGUUUCCGAGCUUCUCCCGGGUCGUUUACGUAUGAAGCUGCUCAAAGAUGCGAGGCAUUCGGGGACUAGACACAACCAUGAUGAUUUACAUAUAAAAGGGAGACAUAAAUCUCCUCACACGUCGGAUAAGAAGAGCCAAGUUGCUGCGGACGAACAGGAUCACACAACUCCGGUUGUCAAGUCCAGAGAUGAAAGUGCAAAUAAAAUGGGGCAAAAAGAGAGGCACAUUAGCAAGCAGUUAAAAAGAGAGAAUGCUGAAGCUAAGCAGGAAGAAAAGCAUUUUCCUGAGAAUCCAAGUCACUCAUCCAAAAGCCAAGGGAAGACACACCGUAGGCCUCGACGAAAUGAUCCAAAUACGGGUUCUCCACGGAAACUUCCCCAUCCUAUGUUAGUGGAUGGACCUCAGUCGACAUUCAGAGGAAUGUUUUGCCAUCAGGUACAUCCCAGAAGCGGAGUAGAGAUUGGCUGUAGAAGCAUCAGUGUGGCAGAAAAUGAAGAAUUGAAGAAGACGAAUGUCCAAUCCCUUCAUAGGAACGGAGUGGCGGAGGCACUGGUAAAUCAGAAGUUUGCCAAAGGUGGCCACUUUGGUGAUGAUCGGACAGGCCACAAGUCUAAGCAAUUCUUGGAUUCACUGCACAUGCUGAAUUCCAACGAGCAAUUAUUCUCUAAACUCCUGGAUGACCCAAACUCUGUAGUAGCGAAGCACAUCCAAGAAUUGCGGGACUGUCAGGAAAGAGAACAGAAGUGUGAAAGUACCAUUGAUACGAGUGGGAUUCAAGAUAAAAGUGCAGGUACGCUUUCCUGGAAGAAGAUCAAGAGCUGGGGAAAACGCCGUCCCAGGAGAAGCAGUGAAGAGCACUUUUCAAUAGUGGUUUUAAGGCCUGGACCACAAACUGCAGGCAACAUCAAGAAAACCCGCUCAUCUUCACAAACAAACAAUAGCACAAGAAAUGAGGUCCCGACCGUUAGAGAGUCGCACUUUCCAUUUCAAAGUUUGAUAAGGAAAAUGAGGAAUGCUACCGAGCUAAGCAGAACAAAGAAGGGACAGAUGCCUAAAUUUUCAUUUGAUCUUGAGAGGAAAGGUGAUGCAGGUGAGCCUGAUGGUCUCCGAGCGAAAAUCGGAUGUGAAUCUGCUACAACAGGCAGAGUUGCUCGUACGGGAAGUGAUAGAGAUCACAAGGAAGGAAACUUCAAUGUGGAUGAAGCUAGGAUGCAUCUCUCUAUGCCAUUAAGUAAAGAUCUGUGUAAAAAAGGUGAUGAUGAGCAGUUCCUUGAUACUGCAAGGAAGUCGCUCUCUUUGCCUGAGCAAGACUUGUUGUCCUUCCCCAUUUCUGGGAGAAAAGAGGAAGUGGGGUUUUUUACCUCACAGAUGAGGUUCGGCUCCUACAGCAACUAUCUAAACUAUCAGAACAGACUCGGGAUUCACAAGGAAAAAGAGAAUAAUGUACCAAGUCCACCAAGGUCAAAUGAGGAGGUCCCUACCCUGAAUGAUCAUACUUGCAGGAAUCCAGACGAUCUGUCUAAUCAUGCUGAAGCAAACCCAGAAAUUCAAGAGAAACUUCUUGAAACCGAAAUGCAUGAAAUUGCCCCUUUCCGUAUUGAUUCAGUCUCCGAAGGUAUAUCUGUACCUUGCGAGCUUAGUCAAGCUCCUUCUAACCAGGCACAUCUUGGCAUUGCUGAAGCAUCUGUUAUUGCAGAAACAACAAAUAAUAUGCUUCCAAAUAGCAUCGAUCCUAAAGAACCUGCGGCAUUGAAUUAUGGGCCACAUUGUUGCGCUAAUCAGAGCACCGAUGAAUUGGAUUCACCUCUACAAAAUCAACCGGAAACUUCUUCUGUGUGUGAUUCCUUAUUAAGAUCUAUAAAUGGCCAGAACACAGAUAAUGUGAUUACUUCCAGAACUACUGUGAGCUUGGAUAGAACCGUAUCUGAACCCGGUAGGAUUCAUCAUGGAAAAAAUAAAUUAACCUCAUAUAGUUCUUGUUUUCAUUUUAUUCGUAUUCUGUUUCAUUGACCAAAGUGCAUUGUGAUACUUGCA